AUGAAGGUUUCCGCUGUCAUUCUGCUGUUCUGCUUGGUGGCUACCAGCCUCGCUAGCUUCUACUACCCACCUAAGAUCGCGAAGGUCAUCGUCAUUCCUAAAUACGGCUAUGGAAACUAUGGAGGCUAUGGAGGCUACGGAGGCUAUGGAGGCUACGGUGGUUACGGAGGAAUCGGCGGCUUCGGCGGCGGCUUUGGUGGUUACGGAGGUUACGGUCUUGGCGGUGGACUAAUCGGAGGUGUUGACCUCCUAGGCGGUGGUCUAGGUUUUGGCGGAGGUUUUGGAGGAUUCGGUGGUGGUCAUGGAGGCAAAUACUAUUGA